AUGGCGACCAGCGCCCCGCUCCUGGGUAAGGAGGGCAAGGCUGCCCACAGCAAGGCCUCGAUUUUCUACGGAGCAGACGAGUAUCUUGAGGAGCUGAGUCAGUGCUUGUGUGGCAGAACCCUUUUUCACUUUCAAUACGAGCACGACCAUGAAAUUGCGGCUUUGAAGAACGCUCUGCCGGGCGAGGGGGACCCUAACGCAGCAGGCGUUGCCCAGAGCAACGACAAGAUGCUCUCCGUUCAGAAGAACAACGAGAACAGAAGCCUGAAGACCAACCGGCUCUUCCCCACCCCGAACAAGCCAGAUCCCAUGCCGCAGAAUCUAGCAUUCCUCUUCACGAAGAUCACGCCGGACCGGGAUGCUGCGCUUGAUCAUAAGUUUGAUUUGCUCGCUCCAUGUCGAUGGAUGCAAGAUAGGUGGAAUGUACUUACGGCAAUUUUCUUCACCCAAGUGUUGAUGGUGAUCGGCUACUGUGUAGCCUUGGCUUGCUUCCCAGACUACUGGUGGACAUGCACGCUCUGCUUCGGGAUCCCCUUCUCGUACAUCGCCAUCCAGAACAUCUACAUCGAUCACGAUGUGAUGCAUGGUGCCACUUUCCCGGUUUACGAGUGGCAGCGCUUCUUGACUCACCCCUUUGCUGACUUCUUCAGCUUGCCGUGGGAGGAAUUCGUCCUCGAGCACAACAGGCAUCAUGCCUCAACUGUGGACUUGCUGAUCCAGGGUGAGUUCGGAUGGGACCCCGAGGAGUUCCACUACGCCCUGCAGCAGUGGGCCGGGCCAUGGAGCUCCAACUGGUACAAGUACCUGCUCACCGUGCCCUUCAUCCCAGUGAUCCACUUCUUCGGCCUGAACGACACGGGCUCCCUGUUUGCUUUGGAGUGGUGGAUGCACUUCCCCGACGAGGGCGCAGGUGGCAAGUGCAACAAGGAGUUCUGGAGCAAGUGGAUUCCGCGUCGCAUCAAGCACAAUGCCUUCGUGCUCUCGCUGUGGGCCUGCGUGUGGCUGCUCGGCACCUACCCUUUGGGACGUCCCCUGAGCGAGGGCUGGCGGUUCAUGUUCACCGUGUCCGUCUUCGCUCGCAUCGGCUACUCCGCGGCCUGGAUGUUCAUCACCAACUUCACUCAUAGCUUGCCUUGGAACGAGUUCCUGGCACAGGAUCCGGGCCGCACCUGGCCUGUCCUUCAUAACGUGAUGGCCAUGGUCCUUGGAGGAAAGCACCGCUGGAACGAGAUGCUCUUCCACGAUGUCCAUCAUGCGUUUCCAAACGCUGUCGGCACGCUGAGCCAGCGCGGCCGCUUCCACGGCUGGGAGAAGGUGCACGACGCCGCUGCCGAGGUCCUUCAUCGAGGCCUGUGGAAGCCCAACGGCGAUGAGGAGACCCAGAUGCAGAAGACCCAGUGCCGCGGAGGCGGAUCAGGAUGGCUUUCACCGUUUUUCUACCGUUUCGUGUUUCUCUUGCCGGCUGCCAAACCUAGUCAGAAGCUUCCGGUUGUGGAUUACAGAUUCCUAGGAGCGGCAGUCCGAAACAGAAUCGCAGUGCAGGGGUGCGAACUGGCCAGUUUUCGGUGGCCCCGUUGCAUAAGCUUGACUGCUGCACUCGCUGGUUUUCGCUAUCCCAAACGUUUCUAUUUACAGAUAUGUUUCAUUUCGUCAUGUUUAUCUUCUUUUGAAUUUUGCUCAGCCCCUUUCUCUCACGCGCAUGUCAUCAAAUGUCCAUUGGCUGUUUCGUGUGCAUUCCUGGAAGAGACGUGGUCCACAACCUGUAAAUGA